AUGAGGGGCAACCCUGGCAAAGCCCGCAGACGGGUGCUCUUAAAAAACCUUAAUUUGUGUAUUCUCAACACAAUUUCACAGCAUUACUCCUCGGACUCUGAAAUCUUGGACGAUGGCCGCAACGCAUACCCGGGCACCAAUCAAGCCUCCCUUGCUGGCCCAGCACGGGUUCGCCGCUCAAGCAUUCGCCGCAGAGUCGCCGCACCUGACUACACUCCACCGCUGAGGAAUGCAAUGGCGCCGGCAGCCGCGGGAGGGCCCACCCGUCCUGCGCCUGCCCAGGUUUCUCUCCGAGGCUUCCCUCAUCUUCAGCAGAGGGCUCUCUCGAUCUCAACCGCCCGUUAUCAGGACUUCAAAGUCGUUCAGCCGACACUCAGUACACCAAGUGAAAUCGCCAGGAAGAUCAGUGCUUCAGUCUUACCCAAGAUCGAUAAGCCUGAUGUUAAGAAUACCAAAUUCAUCGACGGAGCACAGGAAAUAGAUGUCGAUGCCGUUGCUCACAAGGGCGAGUUGAUCGUUCAUGUCAUCUCUGAACACGUAGAAAAUGCCGAAGUCCACUCUGGGGAUGCCCCACUGGUUUUACCCCCCUUCAAGGAAAUGGUGCGAUUAAAGGAGAUUUCUCAGAAAGUUGCCAAAGCCCUAAACAUAUUCGGACCCUUCAACAUGCAAAUUAUCAGGCAAGAAUCCGAACAGCCCGAUGGUGAAAGCCGAUUGAAAGUAAUCGAAUGCAACUUGCGAGCUUCGAGGUCUUUCCCAUUCGUCAGUAAAGUACUGGGUGCCAAUUUCAUCGACAUUGCGACGGCUGCCAUCUUGGGAGAACAAGUACCGAAGCCAAUGGAUUUGAUGGCCGAAAAGCGAGACUAUUGUGCCAUCAAGGUACCUCAGUUCCCCUGGACUCGUUUAGCAGUAGCCGAUCCAUUCUUGGGUGUUGAAAUGGCCUCGACCGGAGAAGUUGCAUCCUUUGGCCAGGAUGUACACGAGGCAUACUGGGCCUCACUUCUAUCGACCAACGGCUUCAAGCUGCCCAAGCAGAACUCUGGGAUUUUGAUUGGAGGUGAUACCACUCAACCCGAGCUGAAGUACUGCGCAGAAAUGUUAUCGAAACUCGGUUUCAAGCUGUAUUGUUCAUCGCCCGAAGUUGAAUCGUUUUCCGAAUCGCUCAAGGCUCAAGAUCCCAUCGGAACAUCGAUCAUUCCUGUCAAACGGAUCGAAUUCCCCAAGCAGGAUAAGAGAAACUUGCGUGAGGUGUUUGAAGAACAUGAGAUUCAAUGUGUCAUCAACCUCGCCAAACAAAGAGGACGAGAUGUCCUGGAUGAAGAUUAUGUGGCUCGUCGAAACUCAGUCGAUUUCGCCCUGGCAAGGAAAAUGCUGCAAGACGGAUUGGAACCCUACACUGAAGGAAAGAUCCCCUCCGAAGUCCGCAGUUGGAGUGAAAUCUUGCAACCAGUCGUCAGGAACGGCCAGAUUGCCAUCUGUCCGAUCAGGAUUGCCAUGCGCACCUGCCCUUCCCGCCCUCCCCACCCUAUCUCUUGCCGUCGACCGUGCCCCCCAAUACGAAAUUUCAGUACGAUGCACCCUUCUUUCGAGGCCAACAUCCCAGGUGAUUCGGCUUUAGCGAGCCUUAUCGAUCUUUUUACAGAAAACAACAAGCCACACGCCACCAGUCUCGUCGCAUUGGCUGAAGCCCUAUUGGCCUCCGAGAGGCAGAGAAACCAGCAGAUGCAGGGGACUCUGGACGCGAAUGAGAAACUGUUGACCGCAGAGAGCAAACUGGCGAAUGAAAGAAAGGCAUGGGCCAAUACGGAAAUCCUGAGAUUGACCUCUCGCUUGAACCCCCGAGCAGCAUUUGAGACUUAUGAGGACUACUAUCUGGUCAAAAGUAAAGGCUCAUGUCGAGAAGUUCGGUGGAGAAAUUAUCUGAAAAAUAAUAUCGAUGUCACCAAGCUACUCAAGCAAAAUCUUAAAGGCAAGGCUGACUUGCCAAUGCUGGCGAGCGAAUCCUACAAGCAGUUAUCCCAAAAGGUUCACACAUUUGAUUCUCAGCAAGAUGUGAUUAUACCUAAAUCACUUCCACGGGAGAUUCAAGUGUUCUUAUUCAAUCUGUUCACAAUUUUACCAGCCCAUGUAAAGUACGAAAAAUUAGUUGAUUAG